AUGGCGAGGGGGCAGAGGCUGAGAGGUGCAUCGGUGGCAUGGGGUAGUCUAUGCAUCCUGCAGCCUCGUGCUCCUCGUGCUGGAAGCGGCGUAGCAAGCACCUCGAGCUGCAAGGGAGACAACCCGACAAAGAGCCAAAGGCCACCUAGAGAACGCCACGCCGAUGCCCCAGGUCACUGUGCCCCUCUCUCACCCAGCGCCCUCCCUCGCUCACCGAUUUUACAGAAUGAGGCGCAUGUUCACCCACACGCUCACACGGCAAACGGCAUCACGAGGCUACACUGCCCCCACUCGCACUUUACGGCAGGGCUUGGCGGCCGCGCACCGGUGCCUCGUCCGUCCGGCGCCGGGCCUCGCUGGCUCUUCGUCCUCGUGGGAUUCUGCUGCAAGGGAGAUCGCCCCGAGGGAUUAGUCUGUGAGAUAGAGAGCGGCGGGAACGAGGAACCUGCCGCGCGACGGGGCGGUGAGGGCAAUGAGGAAAUUGGAGGUAACUUGGUGAUGGGACGGUGCGGUACGGGCAGCAAUCGUCGUCUGAUGCGGCAAUAGAUCGAAGCCCGAGCCGAGCCAGCGAACAAAGGGAGCCUUGGGCCGGCUGGGGCGUCGGAGCUGCGGUAAUCCGGACGUUGAGGCUGAG